CGGAGAAAGAUCGACGGCUGCCUGUCCUAGGGAAGCGGCACAACGCGCAUGGCGACCGGCGAGUGACGACGUUGGGCCGGAGUGACUGGCGAGAUGGUCGAAGGCAACGGCUCGACGCUGUUGCUGCCGAGGUCGAGCAAAGAUCACAAGAAGUAUGACGGCGACAUGAUCGCAGACAGGUCGCCCCUUGUUAUCCUCAAAGCCUAUGCGAGGCAACUGCUGCAAUCACCCAGUCGGACGGCUCUGUACCUGUUCGUGGGCUCGAUGGCGACCUGGCUCAUCCUGUUCCGGCCGUUCGACGAAGGCGAACAGCCCAUCUCAUUCUUGAGCAGCAAGGACAUCAGCGCACCUGAGAAAGAUGCAAGCAAUUGGGGCGAUUGGGUCGCUCAGGGCAAGGGCAGACAGAAGAUGCUCGAGUCCUCUCACCCCGACUUUCACGGGCUGGGGGAUGACUACAAGGUCAUCGGGCUCGGGGACUCGUCCGAGAUCUUCUACAACGCCGUAGGGCAAGCACAUCGCGCAAGACGGCCUAUCGCAGGCCUGCAUUUCUCCAGUGACGCUACUUUUGAUGCCAAGCGGUUCAACGAAGAACGGCACGGUACCUUUGGCGGUCAGCACGUCGAGUGGGAUUCCGGUAUCGCCGGCCUGGGCGAGUACCUGGGUUCCGUCGACAUGCGAAAGAUCUCUGCGCUUUCGCCUGCACAGAAAGAGCGACUACAGAGCAAGGGCGUCGAGACCGAGAAAUGGUCUGCCGGACCUGACAUUGAAGCCCGUCACAAGGCUGCAGUCGCACAUCACCUCGAGAAUGCAUGGACGUAUGGCAAAGUCGAAGAAGAACUGGCGGUCGCCAAGAGAUUGGCAGAUGCAAAGACGCCCGCAGAACUCAAAAAGCUACCCGUCUAUGAGCGCAUGGCGACCGCCUCGCCCGAUAAGAAGGCCGCAGUAGCAGAGGGCUGGGCGAGAAUCUACGGCGCGUUUGCAGGCGACGGCAAGAAGUCUGCAUUACACGCAAGCAUCGAGAAGCUCGUCAGAAGGAGUCCCAUCGUCGUCUUCAGCAAGACCACAUGCCCAUAUUCUGCGCGAGCUAAAGCCAGUCUCGCCAAUCUCAAGCUGUCCCCUCCUCCGACCAUCAUCGAAGUAGAUCUGAGACCGGACAGCGCCAAUCUCAAAUCGCUGCUCGGCCGGUUGACUUUGCACAACACGUUCCCCAACAUCAUUAUAGGCUCCCGCUCCAUCGGCGGCUCUGACGACUUGCAAGCUCUCCUGAGCAGCGGACAGUUUCAGUCCUUGGUCGCAGAAGUGAACGUCUCGAUGGAAUGAUGUACACGCAUAUGUAUGGGCUGUAUAGACCACUGUCGCUCUGGCGUGCCCGUAAACUUUAAUUCCAACAAGGGGCGACGUC